CUUACUAGGAAGCAGAUCAGCUCGUUCUUCAUGUUCUAGGCACUGUAAACUGGGCUACCAGCUCUGUCAUCAUGCUGGCUCCACAUCCCUUCAAUAUCAUGCCAUCCGAAACGGCCUCUGUUACCCCAGACUUUUCAAUCCGGAGAGCAACGAUUCACGAUCUAGAUGAUAUUGUGGAUAUUGCCCUGGCAGCUAUGCCACUAGAUCCGCAGUGGAACUGGCGUUUUCCUCACCGGGACAAAUUUCCGGAGGAUGAACGGCAUUUCACGCUACUGAAGUUCAAAGAGUUCAUCACUAGCCGAGAUCGUUGGCUUGUCAUGGUAGCUGAGACUGAUAUCAACUACGUACGAAUUCCUAUAGCAUUUGCUGUAUGGGAUCUGGAAAAUAUAUACGCUUCGAUCCGGACACCGGUCAUUGCGCAGGACUCGGUUUCUAAAGAGUCCAGCCGGGAACGACGUGAUGCGGACCGGAGAAGAAUGCAAGUCUGGACGAAGACAACAUCUUUAGCAAAAAAAAGAUUGUUCGACCGGCGUUACGGGCUUCGCUACAUCCAACUGCAGGUUCUCGCGACAGCGCCACAAUGGCAUCGCAAAGGCGCCGCCACAGCGCUUUGUACGCGAGGAUUACAGCUUGCCAAAAUGCUACACUCAUCAGUGGUAGUUUUUGCCAGUCCAAUGGGCAAGCACGUAUACUCGAGCCUUGGCUUUCGCCAGCUAGCGAUCGUCAACGUUCGUGCGGAUAGCGACGAUGACGGCGUCGAUUUAGUUGCCAUGUCGUUUAGUCAAUUUCCUUAGCAGCAAAGCUACGCACUGGGAAAUCUUGAACCUUUCUUGAUGGAAUCAAGAAAACCGCUGCUAGAAUCCCGUGACACCAGUGUCCUCACCGCAGUUAUGGCUCUUCGCGUACACAGAUAAUGACAUCAUGUACACAGGCGAAAACAAGCUACACGGUCUUGGAGCCACGAGCUCGCAUCGAGGAUAUGCGGAACGAGGGCAAAUUGCUUGCCAUCAUCGCGUGAGAAGCCAUUGCUAGGCUUUCGAUGAUUCCCGCUAUGGUUGAACACAAGCGUAGGAAUAAUACGUACAGAGUCUGAUACAUCACACAGAGUUCUUUGAUCAAUACAGAGAGCCAAAGAGGGCUCAGCACCUAUUGAACCCUGUCUUAAUAUACACAAUAUCAUCGAUAGGUCGGAAAUUAUGUGUUUGCGUCUGUUUUGACGGUUGGCAAUGGGAAUGAAGAUCUUAUCAACCUCGCACAUACCUCUUCAUUUACUGUGCUACUAAUUGCAGAAGAUAAAUGAAUGAUGCUUCGGGCACAAGUUAUACUACACGUUAAACUUUUGCAACAUUUGGGCUGUCCAAGAAUUAGUCAGUUGUGGAUGUCGUCAAACGAUAUAUGCAAUCCCAUGAGGAUCAAAUGCCAGAAUCAGAAACUUCGCAAAAUAGAAAUCCGUUCGUAUAAGCAAUCAAACAGUCAUCAUGCAACAGCACUAGCUAGCGCUGCCCCAUGUUAUAGGUUCGAACUCAUCUGUUUAUCAGAGAAGGCGCCCAGCGAUCUCUUUAACACAUCUGUCCACGCAUACUACUAAAGUUACU